AACCUUUCGACAUCUUCGCUAUCUACAGCCAGACAAUGAACAUACGGCAAGUUUGCGUAAGUCGUCAAGCCUGAAAAUCUGCCUUGAUGGAUAUCUUGAGUGAUGACGUCCAUCACCACUUGAUCCGAGAUAAACCCGGGGAGGGAAGGGAAGCUGAUCUCGCGUGCGUCUACAAAUGCGAACGCCACAACCAAUGCGGACCAGGCCAAUCUGCACAUUAUGCUCAACAAUGACUCGGAUUAAAAGGAAUUAGAAAGAGCAACCUUGAAAUCAAGAGAAUUUUGCUGAAGUAGAAACCGGUCGUACAUCCGCACCUGCGAUGACGCUCUUCAGCCCGAAAUGGCAGGUACAACCGCAAUGCAUUUCAUCUAACGUUAUCCCACCUUCGUCAGUAUGAAGAACAAACGCAUCGUUAUCGAGCUCUUAUCCGGUGUUGGUCAUGGUAACAACAAGAUCACAAUCAAGCGUGACAAAGCAAGAGCCAACGUCCACUCCUCAGUCUACCCCUGACAAUCCCGCCACCAAGAAGCGCAAACGACCAGAACGCGUCAGCAACCACUUCACAUCGCAGCAUACAUCGGACCGCCCAACAACAAUUCCCCAACCAGAAGAUCUCCCCUUCCAACUCCAACCAGCAGGCUAUGGACUCAUCCAAGAGCGCAUCCGCGACAGCCUCUACGCCCUCGUCGUCCAAGUAAUCCUCUGGAACCAAACCCACGGCCGUGCAGCCCGGCCCGUCCUCUUUCAAAUCCUGGCCCUCUACCCGACACCUUUCCAUCUCUCGCAGGCAGACCUAGAUCGACUGACUGCGAUCCUGCAACCCCUGGGUCUGCACAAUGUACGCGCCAAACGGUUGAUCGCGUUGGCUGAGGCGUGGCUAGCGGCUCCACCGUGCAAAGAGCGGCGGUACAGAAGACUGCACUACCCCAACCGAGGAUGCGGAUUAGACGUUAAAACCGACGAGAUAUUGGGGCUGGAGGAUGAGAGGGAGGGGUGGGAGAUUGCGCAUCUGCCGGGCAUGGGACCGUAUGCUUUAGAUAGCUUUAGGAUUUUCUACCGGGAUCGCUUGAGAGAGAUCACGGAGGGGGAGUCGGAGUGGAAGAGGGUAGUACCGCUGGAUAAGGACCUGAGGCCUUACUUGAAGUGGAGGUGGGCGCAGGACGGGUGGAAGUGGCACGAAUUCACGGGCACGAGGAGCAGACUCACAUCUGAAGAAAUGGAGAGGGUCAAGGCAAAGGCUCUUGAACGAAGCAUCGAAGACGCAAGACCAAAGGAUGAUCAAGCCGUCAAGCAAGAAGACUCUUUCAAGGAUGAUGCCCUAGACGUGAAGGAAGAAGAUUUGGUGAAUGGCCACACCGAGGAGACGCAAUGAGGUGAUGUGUGCGUGCAAUAAGGACUACACUUCACGGGAAAUAGAUCGGAUUCGGCAGCCUGGAAGCACUCAGACGAUUGACACCGCGUAUGUAGUUGAAACUCGAAUAAGUUUAAUUCGGUUUGCUGAGCAGAAUUAACGAAAGGGCAAAAGCAAUCCAAUGAAAAAAAGCCGAGGACGCCAUAGAC